AUGCCCAGUAGUAAAGCAAGGCCGUUGUGCUGGAGAAAAGUGUUGAUAAAGGAUGCUGCCCUGUGGAGGAUAUUUGCUCCGGACUUCAAGGGCAAGGUUGAGGUACUUGCGUGUGCGGAGGGUGAAGAAAGUUUUAACUUGACCAUUCGCGACAACUUCCGCAUUCCUGAUCACGAUGCGAUGAAGGCACCACUGCCGCAAGGCAAAGGUGAUCUUGGAGCCUUGGGAGACCUUGAGGAGAAGGGUGUUCUCAAAAGGCAGGUGGUGAAAGGUGUGCGGUUUCGCCAGAAGAAAAAGCCUGAGCCUGCUGUGAUUCCUCCUUUGGUGCCGCAGGCGGCAGGUAUCUCUCGUUCUCGUUUUCGCAGAUACACCGAUUACAUGGUAGUGUCUGACACCCUUAAGAGUUUGGGUGUUCCAGGUGGUGGUGCGGCUGCAGGUGGAUCCUCUGCGGGUUCCAAACGUGCUGAUGAGAAAAAGAAGAGGAGGGUAAAGGAGAAGGCUGCUGGUGCCGGUGAGCAGAAACGUCCGAGGUUGCGAACGAGACGGACAACUGCUGUUUCGCAGCCGAAGCCUGCGGUUGUGGCUGUUGCUUUAGAUUUGUUCGCAGAACCGCAAGAUGGAGGCUUCUCCUUGUUUGAUGCUCCCAUUUCCCUCGCACAUGAUGCGUCUGCGGAUGCGGGGGUUAAUAAAGAGUUUACAAGAAGCCCUUCUUUCGAAGUGGUUACCGAGCCUUCUGUGCAAGUGGAGGAUGUUGGGGAGAAGACCGUGGAUCAAAUCUUUGAUACGGUGGAUUCUCAUGAUAAUCUGAUCCCCCCGCGGGAUAAUGAAAAUUUGAAGUUUGCUGGUGUUGAAAAGCAAAAAUCUCCUGCUGCUGAGAAGGAUUCCGGUUCUGCCUCCGGGGGUACGGGUUUGGAAGGACCAUCCAUUCAGCCUGAUGAGUCUGAAUUGGAGUUCUACUAUCGUACCUAUACGGAAGACCGGGGUGUGAAUUACCAUCGCCCCCCUUGGAAUGUUAUGCAAGGGGAUGAUGUUUCGACUGAUCCCUCCGCUUGCAGGAAUAUUCUGAGUGGUUUGGGCACCUCGUUUGAGGUUUUCCGGGCCCGCGGUUUAUCUCGUGAGAAUCGUAUAAACCAACUCUCCUCCAUGCUUGUUGGGAGUUCCAUAAUGGCGAAUGCUAUUAUGGAAGACUACAAGGUUUUGGGACGCAAGGAGGUGGAAAAUACUCGCUUGCGGGCUGAGGCCGAGGCGUUGGUUAAAGCUGCUCGGGAGGGUGCGUAGCAGCUUGAAAGGGAGAAGGCUGCUUUUGAGCAGUAUAAGCAGAUUGAGGAGUGGGCUGCAACUGCUGGCCUUAAACAGGUUCGUACUCUUGCAAAAUUGCUUUCUGAUGAGCACAAGAGUUGGAAAGAAUCUUGGGCAAAACAGAAUGAAAAGCUAUUUUGUGUUCGUCAGGAGCUGAGCAAUCUCAAAGCGGCGAAUACUGCUUUGGUAAAGGAGAAAUCCGCAGCUGAGACGGUUGCCCAAGAGGCCAAUGAGGCGGAGGCCCGAGCUACCAAGGCAUUUGAAGAGGUGAAUGCAGAUCGCAGCCAUUUGAACAAGGUUGUUGAGGACCUCAAGGUUGAAAUGCAGAAACGGGCGACCAUUAUUGAGGAGGUCACUGCCCACGCGACUGAGGCUGAAGCGCGGGCAAGGGAGGUUGCUGAGGCUAGAGAUAGCCUGUCUUCCUCUUUGGAUCAGCUGAAGGCAUAUGGUGACUGGAUGCGUUACCACGGUAUCGGGCAUAUUGUUGGAACCAUUCUUGAUGCGCCUGAGAACGCAGCUGCUGUAAAUGAGCUUAAGGAGCGCGCGCGGGAGGCAGGAUUUAAGGCUGGUUACAAUUGAUGCAUUAGCUAUAUAAACCCCUUGUACCAAAGCAAAUUUACUGAUGAAAGGUCUGGGUUUCAAGGCGUAGAUACCGAAGCGCGGUAUGCUGCAGCUAUUGCGGCGUAUAACGACCUAUCCAUUACCGCUACUAAUGAUAUUGAUAACUGCUUGGAGGCGGAGGAUUAUGUUGACUGCUUGCGGUUGUUGUAUGGUGAUCCGGAAGAGGAAGAGGAGCAAGAGGCCGCUGGCAGUGGCAAGGGUGAUGCGGGUACCAGUGGUACAAAGAAGGACUAGGUUGGCCUGCGUGCCCUUUUUGAUUUCCUCUUUGAUGUAAAUGUUAGAAAACUUUAUGUAAAUUUCUUGUGCACCGCGUAAGUGUAGAAAUUUUAUGAAAUACAAAGUUAAUCUUUUUAUUCAA